UUUACGGACAGCUAGUUCUGCUCUGAUAUUGAUAAAUUUCGUUUAUGAUUUUUCCUCGUCAUUGGAGCAUGAUAUUCAUUGAUUUUUGUGUUUGUAACUAUGUAGACCAGAGCACUGGUCCCCAAUUAAGAUGUCGACCACGGGGCUCAUCUCAAGGUCGUCCUCAUCAUUCUUAAGAUUCUGCCGCAGCAAAAGGAGAUAUUACGCAAACUCCACGACGCACGUUAAACACCUCUCUGGCAGGACCAGAGUGGCGUUCUCAACUUGCAGGGUAACCUCAUCAGAUUUGCCGACGCGGAGUAGCCCGUCGGGUGCAGAGAUACAGGAAAGGGUCGUCCUCUCCUCCAGUGAGAUCAGACAGACCUUUAUUGACUAUUUCCGUGAUGAGCAUGAGCACGUGUUUGUUCCGUCAUCCUCCGUUAUUCCAAACCGGGAUCCGACGUUACUCUUCACCAAUGCAGGGAUGAACCAGUUCAAGGACAUUUUUCAAGGUUCAACCAACCUUCAGGGAGAAGCGACAAACUAUCGGAGGGUCGUUAACGCCCAGAAGUGCAUUCGGGCCGGAGGUAAACACAAUGACCUUGAUGACGUCGGCAGGGAUGUACACCACCACACCUUCUUUGAAAUGCUCGGCAACUGGUCGUUCGGGGAUUAUUUCAAGAGGGAGGCGUGCUCCAUGGCGUGGGACCUACUCACCAGGGUGUAUGGUCUCCCAAAGGAUAAACUCUACAUAACGUACUUUAAGGGAGAUCCAGAAGCCGGAAUACCAGCGGACACAGACUGCAGGGACAUCUGGCUUGAACUUGGUGUGUCCCCGGAGAGAGUUCUUCCCUUUGGUUCUGACGAUAAUUUCUGGGAGAUGGGCGGGGCCGGUCCGUGCGGUCCCUGUAGCGAGAUUCACUAUGAUCGUCAUGGAAACCGAGAUGCUUCACAUCUAGUCAACAAGGCCGACCCUGACGUAGUGGAGGCGUGGAAUCUUGUGUUUAUGGAAUACAAUCGGGAAGUUGAUGGUCAUCUCAAACGGUUGCCACAGCAACACGUCGAUGCUGGGAUGGGGCUUGAGAGGUUGGUAGCCAUUCUUCAAGGCGUCACGUCUAACUAUGACACAGACCUGUUCGUGCCACUUCUCGACGCUAUUCAGAAGGGAUCCGGCGCCCCGCCUUACACUGGGUUAACUGGGCCAGCAGAUUCAGACUUAAAGGACACAGCCUACAGGGCGAUUGCCGAUCAUGCUAGGAUGCUGACGGUCGCCAUUGCUGAUGGGGGCCAGCCAGAUUACUACAAACGAGGGUAUGUUUUAAAGAGAGUGAUUCGUAGAGCAGUACGCUAUGCAGCGGAGAAGCUGCAUGCGCCGCCGGGACUACUAGCCAGUCUAGUACCUGUGGUUGUGCAAUCUCUAGGAGGUGUUUAUCCAGAGCUUCGUCGAGAGCCAGAGAGGAUCAUGGACAUCAUUAAUGCAGAGGAGAAUCAGUUCAUCAGAACCCUCAAGAAGGGACAGAAAUUCCUCUCCAAAAGUAUCUCCAAACUGCCAGUAGGCUCUAAGCUGCCAGGUGAGGUAGUAUGGAAGAUGUAUGAUGGAUAUGGCUUCCCAGUUGAUUUGACGUCCAUGGUGGCUGAAGAAAAAGGGAUAGAGGUUGACAUGGAGGGAUUCGAAGCAGCGAGACAGAAUGCACACCAGGUCACAUCUCAAGGAGGAAUAAAGAACCUGACGAGUCUACCGAGAAUCCGUCUAGAUGCUACAGAUCUCAGCAUCUUACAGAAGAAACGGAUUUCUCUAACGGAUGAUUCCUUCAAGUAUGAUUACUCCUACAUAGAUGUUGGGAAAUAUGUUUUCUCACCAAUUAGAGCUUCUGUGCUGGCGCUGAAAACUGAUAAAGGAUUCACCAAUGCAGUCAGCAGCGGGGAAGAGUGCGGCAUCAUUUUGGACUCUACCAAUUUCUAUGCCGAGCAGGGGGGUCAGGAGUGGGAUGAGGGACAGUUAAACUCUGUUGUCAGUGAGGAGGUAGCUUUCCAGGUAGAGAAUGUGCAAGCAUACAGCGGCUACGUAAUUCAUGUUGGCACUGUUGUAGAAACUAUCAAACGUGGAGACAACUUAAUACUUUAUCUCAACAAGGUGAGAAGACAGAAGAUUAUGCGUAAUCAUACUGCGACUCACAUCUUGAACUUUGCCCUCCGAGAGGUCAUAGGUGAAGCUGAUCAGAAGGGGUCGCUGGUUUCCCAAGAUCGUCUGCGCUUUGACUUUACAGAGAAGAGUGCACUCGGCCAAAGUCAGCUACAGCAAGUCACAACGCUCACGAAUGAUAUCAUCAACAUGAAGUAUCCUGUCUAUAGAGGGCAGGCUUCCUUAGCGACAGUGAAAGCUGCAGAGGGAGUAAGAGCAAUCUUUGACGAGGCCUACGGUGAUCAGGUGACAGUGGUGUCGGUGGGUGCUCCCGUUCCAGAGGCACUGGAGGGUUCGGCAGCAGUGCAAUACCCUGUGGAACUCUGUGCAGGAAUACAUGUGUGCAAUACUGGUCAUAUCAAGAAGCUGCUCAUUACGUCUCAGCGUCAAGUCAGCGCUGGAAUCCGUAGAGUAACUGCUAUCACGGGAAAUGAUGCAAUGUCCGCUGACUAUGUCGCUAAUACUCUACAACAACAAAUAACCGAACUAAGCAAUCAGUUGGAGUCCUUGUUACGCAGCAGCGUUUCCAAGGACUUAUCGUUCUUCAAGAACUCCAUCGAGUCCUUUGCCAAGAUGUUGGACUCCUCCAGAAUAGAAAUAUGGAGGAGAGAGAAAAUCAGCCAAGAAAUACAGUCGAUUCGGGAACGAGUCAAGAAAGCUGAACAGAGCAGAGAGAGGUCCAAGAUCAAAGCGAUUGUAACGCAACUGUACAAGGAGUUUGAAGAAGGGUCGUCUGCUCCCGAGAGCAAACCGUUCUUAGUUAAGAAGGUUGCAAAUGAAGCGAAUUCAAAGGUGCUGUUUGAGAUUGCCAAGGGUCUGAGCAAGACGCUACCAGACACACCCAUAAUGCUGAUCAGCGGUGAGAGGGACGACGUUAACUUUGUCUGCAUGGUUCCCUCGUGUUUCAAAGAACAGGGGCUGAAGGCCGAUGCAUGGAUCAACUCAGCCACCAAAUCAGUUCGGGGCAAAGGUGGAGGUAAUGCUUCUUUUGCGAGGUCACAGGGCAAAGGUCGCCACCGGGUCAAUGAAUGUCUUGCUGCAGCUAGAGAGUAUGUGACAACAGUAAUGCACAGAGAAUGAAGUACAAAAUCUUGCACAUAUCUACAAUUUUGUAAGUCUGUAUAAAACAAAUAUCUUUGGUUUUGGCAAAGUGAUAAUUUUUUUUA